AUGCGGUUCUCAAUUAUUCCCAUACUAUUCGCUCUCCUUGCAAACCUUAUAAGUGCCAACUUCGCUUCUGAAGCCGAACAGCUUACUGAAGACGAUAUUGGUGACUUCUCGGCCAUAGCCUUUGGUAAUACAUCUACUGCAGGAUCUCUGAAUGCCAACGACAGACCCGACUGUAGAGAAUAUCCGGGGUCUCCGGGCUGGCCUCUUGACGAAGAAUGGUCGCGACUGAACCGCUCGCUAGGAGGUGCCUUGAUUAAGGGGAUUCCUCCAGCGGCGGUAUGUUACGACGGACCUUACAAGGACGCAGCUGCGUGUACCUUUCUUAUGCGGGACGCGACCUCUACUCGCUUCUAUCUUAACGAUCCAGUCACGGUAUUAACAGAGUGGCCCGAGGGAAGCACUUGCCACACUCCGUCUGGACAGCAAACUGGUGGGAACUGUACGCAGGGUGCGUUCCCUGCCUAUGUCGUUAAUGUCACGACGGUGAGGCAGAUCCAAAUCGCGGUGAAUUUCGCUAGGAACAGGAAUCUCCGUCUAGUCAUCAAAAAUACCGGACAUGAUUUCGUCGGGCGAUCGGUCGGUUUCGGGAGCCUCAGCAUCUGGACCCACUGGCUGAAAGACUUCGAGUUCCUGCCCCGUUAUCGAAUCGGAGCGUACAGAGGCAGAGCGGCUAGAGUCGGCGCCGGGAUCGAGAGCUGGGAGAUGUUCGCAUACAUGACCCGCUACAACAUGACGGCGGUGGUUGCGGGAGGUUAUACCGUCGGAGCAUACGGUGGCUGGAUGGCGGGUGGCGGACACUCUGCUUUGGCUUCCAAGUACGGGCUCGGCGCGGAUCAAGCUCUAUCUAUCCAAGUUGUGACGGCUGAUGGCAGAUUUAUUACCGCUGAUCCGUAUCAGAAUACCGAUCUAUUCUAUGCGCUGCGAGGUGGCGGCGGGAGCACUUAUGGCGUCGUAACCUCAGUCAUAAUAAAAGUCCAUCCGCCAACCAAAGUCCUAGCCUCCUCUAUAGCUUUCUCUACAGACGAGUCUAAGGUCUCCGGUCCUAUCAACACUACGAAUUUCUGGAAGGGCUUCGACCUAUAUCAUGAGUUUGGGAAGAAGAUCGUUGAUAAUAGCGGCACAGCAUGUUACUUGUCACGCCGUUCCGACAACAUCAGCUUCACCUUCACGGCAGACAUCGAACUCCCCAACGUGUCGGACAAGUACCUGUUCGACUUCGUGCAGCCGCUCGUAAACGACCUGAACGCGAUCGGGCUCGACGUACCCAACCCCGCGCCGCGCCCCGCCGCGAACUGGGCCUCCCUCGGCGGCGGCGCGGGCGACGUCCCCGGGAGCUCGCGCUUCGCCAGCCGGCUCUGGCCGCGGGCCAACUUCGAGGACCCGGCGCUGUUCGCGGCGACGCAGCGCGCGAUCCGCCGCUCGGUGGAGGACGGCGGGUACACGUUCCACGGGAUCCACAUGGCGCCGACGGAAGAAGUCGCGGGAUAUCCUAGUGGUCGUGACGGGGGCAGGGACAGGGAUGGGGACUGGGAGAGCGCGGUGAACCCGGCAUUCCGCAAGGCGAUCAUGCACGCGGACCUGUUCGACUUUGCUACGUCUACCACGGUGCGGGGCGGGUCGUCGUUGCUGCCCCCGCCGGUGUUCAAGGCGGCGCACGAGAGGCUGGCUCGCGCGAUGGACGAGUGGCGGGAGGCGUCGCCGGGGGCGGGGGCGUACGUGAACGAGUGCGACGUGGAGGAGCCGGGGUGGCAGCAGGCGUUCUUCGGCAGCCACUACGGGCGACUGCUGGGGAUAAAGCGUCAGCGGGACCCGUGGGGGGUGUUCUACGCGGCGGCGACGGUGGGGAGCGAGGGGUGGGAGGUGCGUGCGGAGGAGGGGGAGGGGAUGCCUACGCAGAAUGGGCCGUUGUGUAGAGUUGGGGGGUCGGUGGAGGGGGGUGUAGUGUAGGAAGGUCAGGCGAGGUGAGGUGACGAGAGGGAGGGGGACGGGAGGUUAAAAGGGGGUAGAGAUUGACGGACGGGGUGACGGAGGAGGUGGUGGUGGUGAUAAUAGUGGCGGAUGAUAUGCCGAAUAUUGAUAGAAAGAUGGGAACUCCGAAUAAUUGAGUUUAUUUAGACGGAUGUCUUUUUUGAUCCGUUUCAUUGAUAUUUGGUAUGAGCUUAUACUUGUAAAGCUAUUAUAUUUUAUUUUAUAUUCCAUCAUCCCUGUAUAUUAGCAUAGUUGAACCAGAACACUUAUCGUAAAGGGGUUCAUAUAUUCUACAACACGGAGUAAAUUAGAUUGUGAAGAGGUUCGUGACUAGAAAAACUCCGAUGGAGAAGGCCUUGUUUUUUUUUUUUUUUUUUUUUUUUUUUUUUUUUGAUUUUGGGUUUUUUUAAACAAAGUACCGGCCUAAUAUAUAAUAGCUCAAUAGGCCUUGGAUGACGUUUGUAAACGAAACGGAAUUUAGUCUCUGCGUGGCACAACGGCGUUGAAUCUAAUGUUGGUUGAAAGAUUUAUACUUACCACCUAAAGUCAAAC